AUGGCUUCCAUGGGGUUCAGCUACGCACAGGUACACGUGAAGCAAGAGAGACUGAGGAGGAGGAUCAGCGACAGCAAGAAGGCCGUGGCAACGGCGACGGUGGACAAGUCGAUGAUCCGAGAAGAGAGGAAGGAGAGUUUCAUGGGUGAAGAGGAGAAGAAGGCAGCUUGCAACUCAUGGACCACCGGGAGGGUGCAUCCAUGCGCGUCUUCACCGGCGGCUGCGGCGCCAAAGGGUGGGCACCGAUGA